AUGGGGGCGGGAGAAACUGAAGAGGCGUGGAUGGCAGAGCUCAGAGGGAUGUCUGGAGGAGGAGGAGCAGCACAAGACCCAAAUUUCGUUAGUGAUGUAUUUAGUGGCAUGGGUUCUCGUAGAGGACGAGGCGGCUACAGGCGGGGGCGGCGGGACGAGUAUGGUGAUGAUGAUGAUGAUGAUGAUGAUUAUGAUUAUGAUUAUGAUGAUGAUGAUGAUGAUGAUGAUGAUGAUGAUGAUGAUGAUGAUGAUGAUGAGCAGCAGCAGCAGCAGCAAGAGCCAGAACAGCAAGAGCAACCACAUACCCAACGACGACGACAGCGUGGAAGCAGGGGAUCACAGGGGGAGGAGCAGCAGCACCAGCCAGAGCAACAGCAGCAGCGGCAGGAGCAGGAGCAGCAGCACCAGGAGCACCGGCCAGAGCAGCAGCAGCAGGAGCAGCGGCAGCAGCACCAUCCGCAUCAGCAGCACCAUCCGCAUCAGCAACACCAUCCGCAUCAGCAGCAGCAGCAGCGCGAGCAUCAGCAGCUGCGAGAUCAGCACCCUUACCACCCCCAGGAACAACAGCACGGGCAUCAACACCAGCAAGAGCAGCAGCAGCAACAACACCAGCACCACCACGGCCACCAGCACCAGCAUCCGCAUCAGCACCAUCCAGGACAGCAGCAGCACCACCACCACCACUAUUAUCAGCAGCAGCAACACCACCACCAGCACCAGCUAUGGCAAGAGCAUCAGCAGCAGCAUCAUCAACAGCAACAGCAGUAUCCGCAAUGGCAAGAGAGUCAGCAUCAACUGCCUCAGCACCAGUACGAGCCUCAGCAGCAACAUCAACAUGGCAUGAUGCAACACCAUAUGGGGGCGCACGGGCACACGCGGCACGAACAGUUUUUCCAACUGCAGCACGAAUAUCAAUCGCAGGGGCAGAGUAUGAUGCACACGCAACGCCUCCUGCAAACGGAAUACCGAGAGCACCACCACCAGCAGCAGCAGCAGCACCAGCAGCAGCAGCACCAGCAGCACCAGCAUGCGUUCAGGUGGGGAGCGUACUUCGGUGGUGGUGGGAGAGAGGCGCCGCCGCACCCCCAUCACGGGGAAAGCAACCCUAGUGAGGAAGAGGAUGAUGAUGAGGGUGCUGAUGCUCACGCACAAGCGGAUUCGGAGUAA